AUGCUGCCUGACAUGCAAGUCCAACCAGUCUCCUCUCGAAUCUACUGGGAUGAGCAAAAAAAAGCUACUUCUCUGAAUCUCCCUCCAACUGGCCUAAUAUCAGCUUCAUGGGGAACGAAAUCUGUGAAGCCAGGCCCAUGGGCCACCUACUUGAAGAGGCUGGAUUUCCCCUGUGCCAAAAAGGACAAGAUACUGAAGUCGGAAACACUAAUUGCUCUGAACAAGCAGCCAGCUCAGCGUGAGCUAGUUGUCAGGAUGCAACGCGGUUAUACGCCUGGAGCUUUUCAUGCGAGGCUGUCAGAGGAGAAAAUAAAGGUUGAGGCAGCACUUGGUUAUGUCGUUGGGACGAAAGCAGAACCAGCUUGUUCAUCGUGUCGGUCUCACUUAGGAGGACCUUUUGCUCACUGUGUCGUUGCUUCCGACUGCCCCGAUAUGACGGCAUGCACAAACUGUCACUUCAGCGGCGAUGAUGGGCGAUGCACGUACUAUAUAGCUGCUCACCCCGAUGAGCCUAUCGAAAAGGGCCCUAUUGAAGAGAUGGCUACAGAGCUCCAGCAAGUUGAUCUCGAGGUUGAAAAGUUGCUCUCUGAAAGCUCGCAACUGCUAGAAGAGCACAAUAAUCUUCGAGCCGACUUGCAGGAUAUCAGCAUUCUCUUCCUUACCGGCGACACUCGUGAAGGGACAAGCUAUGUGCAGUCCGCAGCUCGAUGCUGCAAAUCGAUGCAUUCUCUUCUUAUGAGCACCCAUGAUAGAAACAGCCAAAUUUCCAAGAGAUUGUCGGAUAUCCAAGUGCGACUGCAAACCGAAAUAACGGUCGAAAGAUUCAAGCACAAGAAGACUCAGCAAAAGUGGGCCAAAAGACAGAAGCGUCAGCAUUCGCCGUGA